AUGGCUGCCCUCUCCUCUGCCCUGCUGUGCCUUGGUGCCCUGGGCUGCCUGUGGGGCCCAACGGUUGCAUUUGUGGAUUUCCAGGGCCGUUACUUCAUCACAGCUUUCUUGGAGAAUGGGGGCGCUGAGAAGCCCAGCUUCCGCCUGUACGUGUCGCCACCGACCAAGGGGCCCCCGACGGCGGUGCAAGUGAGGGCGCAGCCGGUGGGGGGGCAGGCCUUUCGGCGCGCGCUGAGCCUGCAGCCAGGCACCACUGCCUUGGUGCGCCUGCCCAGCGCUGUGGAGCUGCGGGGCUCGCGGCGGGCGGCGGGGGGCGCGGUGCGCUUAGCCGCGUCGCGACCGGUGGGAGUGACCGUGGUGAACGCGCGUGGGCGCACCUCCCUAGACACGGCCCUAGCGCUUCCGCGCCGCCUGCUGGGCACGCGCUACGUGGUGGUGACGCCGUCGCUGCAGCCCCACGACCGGCACAAGGAGUUUGCGGUGGUGGCCGGCGCUUCGCCCACGCGCCUACGCCUCACGCCGCCGGUGCCCAUCCUGCUGGAUGGCGUCGAGCAUGCUGCCGGCCGUCCCCUCCUCGUGCGCCUUGAGCCUUUCCAGGCGCUGCAGGUGCAGAGCACAGGCGACCUGUCGGGCACCCGCGUCGUGGCCACUCAUCCCGUCGCGCUGCUGGCUGGCCACAGUUGCCUGCAAGCGAGAAAUAAGACCUGUGGCCACGUGUCCGAACAACUCCUGCCCCAGGAUUACUGGGGCCGCGUCUACGCCGUACCCCCGUUCGCGCCCGCGGCUCCCGGACCCAAAGACCACGUGUACGUGGUGGCGGACAGCCUGGGCAGCCUGAGCUUCUGGGGGGGCGGCGCCGAAGGGGCGCAGGCUCUGCGCAGUGGAGUCGUGCUGCACUUCGCGGUGGACCCAGUGCGCCCCCUGGUGCUGCGCUCCUCUGCCGGCCUGCAGGUGCUUUUCCUGGCCGCAGCUGCGGCCCGCGGGGGCGUCGCCUACAAGCCCUUCUUCGCUCUCUUGCCUCCCGUGGACGCGUUCAGCCGCAGCUUUGCGCUCACAGCGCAGCCGGGCUUUUCCAACGUGGCGGUGCUGCUGGCGCGCGAGCCCACCCCGGUGCUCCUUGAUCAGCAGCCGCUGCCCAACCUGCACUGGCGCCUAAUCCCCGGCGGCCCGGAACCGCGUCACGGGCAGCAUUCUGGUGAAAGCCAGGCCGCCGCUCCGGGUUUCGUCUGGACCGAGGUGGCAUAUGGACCUGAGCCCGGAGUGGUGCACUUCCUGGAGACUCGCGGGCUGCCGGUGGGCGUGCUCAGCUUCGGCACCGCCCCUGGCGCGGGCUUCGGGACCCAGGCCAUGGGGCAGCCAAGAGUGGCUGAACCAGAGUCCAAACCCAAGACAGUGUCUAAGGCUGGGUCAGAAACCAUCUCAGCAGCCAAGCUGGGGCUCAAGGUGGUGGCAGUGACUGAACCAGGCUUAGAGGCUGUGACUAUGGCAAAGCAGGAACUUGAAACUGUGGCUGGGUCCAAAAUGGUGUCUGAGGCCAAGUCGGAGACACUGUGGAUCGCCAGCUCUGGAGAGAGGCAGCCCAUGCACUUUGUCACGAUGCGCAUCUUUGGUGUCACUAUCACUGCUGUCAAGCAUGAGUUCGGCUUUGUCCAGGUGAACCAGCAGCGGCUCCGGCUGCCGGCGACGCUGCACGACGGGAGGCUGCGGUUGCAUUUCCGCAGCUCAGAACUAUGGGCAGAGGCAGGUCUGGAGCAUGAGCCGCCCGCGCUGCGCCUGGUGUACGACUGGCAGCACGCGCUGUCUCUGCAAGUGACCAACGGCUACCGUGCGCACGUGGUGGGCCUGUGCGGCAACUUCAACGGCGACCCGACAGACGAUGUGGGCGGUCCGGACCCGCGAGCUUUCUUGCGCACUUGGGCCCUGCAGCCGCCGGAUGCGCCGUGCCACGCCCUCUGGGCUGCUCCUUGCGCCAAGCCAGCGGCCCCACCGGAGACCCCGGGGCCCUGCGCCAUCCUGGCAGCUCCGAAGGGGCCCUUUAGCCCCUGCCACGACGUGUUGCUGCCUGCGCCCUUCGAGGCCAGCUGCAGUGCUUGGAUCUGUCCCCUUCCCAACUACCGACCUGCGCUUUGCUUGACCCUCCAGUUCUACGCGCACGCGUGUCAGCGCCUGGGUGUCUGCAUCAACUCCUGGAGAUUCCAGACUGGCUGCCCCAUCGAGUGCCCCCACAACAGCCACUACGAACCGUGUGGCGCCUCCUGCCCAGAGACGUGCAUGGGUCGGUUGGGAGCGUCGUGCCCGCUGCCCUGCGGGGAAACGUGCGCCUGUGAUGCCGGCUACGUUCACAGCGGCGCUGACUGCGUCCUGCGGCGCCCGGGGCUUGGUGGCUGUGGCUGCACACACCAGGGACGUCUGCUGGGACCAGGCGAGACUUUAUGGGAGGGCGUGGGCUGCACGCGCCGCUGCGUCUGCCCAGCUUCAGGAGGGAGCGUGAUCUGCACCCAGGCCGGUUGCAGGCCAGGUGAGCGCUGCAUCCUGUCACUCGGCCUGCGGACGUGUGUGCCCUCGAGCAUGGCGACAUGCGUGGCGGCCGGCGGAGGCCACUACAUCACCUUCGAUGGGCGCCGGUUUCGCUUUCCUGGCUCUUGCCUGUACCUGCUGAGCGGCCUUAGUUCUCCAGCGCCGCAGGAACUGGCGGACUUCCGUGUGCUCCUGGGCACGGGUCCUGAUGGCCUCCCGGGUAGCCUCGAAGUGCUUGUGUCUGGGUGCCACCUGAGGCUGGACCCCAAGGAACCCGGUCGUGUCCUGGUGAAUGGAGACUGGCAGAAUCUACCAUUCCAGGCUGUGAACAACAGUAUCCUCAUCUUUCGCCAUGGCUGGGACACUGUGGUCAGCUGCCCCUUUGGCCUGCGGGUGACCUAUGCCCCCGGGAUCCGCGUGGUAGUGGAUCUUCCAGCAGCAUAUAUGGGCCAUGUGGUGGGGCUGUGUGCUGACUACAAUGGGGAUCCCAUGGAUGACCUCCAGGUGCCUGGAAUUGUGCUGGGCACCAAGCUGCCUGAGGAUGCAUUGGUUUGGGCCUUUGGCCAUAGCUAUCUGGUGGGUUCCCCGACUGGGUGCCCGAAUGCUGCUGACAAGAUGCCGCCACUGCCACCAUCCUGUGUCGCCCUGUGGACCACCAGCACCCCAGCCCACUUUGCCCACAUCUGUGACAUCCUCUUGGACCCCCUGGGGCCCUUCCAGCUGUGCCAUGAGAUGCUGGCACCAGGUCCCUAUGUCCAAGAUUGUAUGGUGGAUGUAUGUCUAGGCAUUGGACCCUGCCCCAUGCUCAGCCUCUACUGUGAAACUUGCCAGCUGCUGGGUGGCCAAGUCUUCCCCUGGCGGAAGUCGAGUCUGUGCAGGCCCCAGAUGCCCCAUCCUAGCCCCAAGGGGGAGGGGGAGGGGGAGAUUGCCAACAGCCACAUGCCUCGAAGUAAUCCUCCAAUCGCACUUGCUCCCACAGGCCCCGUGUGCCCCGCACACUCGCGCUACACGCUGUGCGCUCCGGCUUGCUCAGCCACUUGCGCGGGGCUGAAGCCACCGCCCGGCUGCGACGGCCCUGGGCUCUGCCGCGAGGGCUGCGUGUGCGACGCGGGCUUUCUGCUGAGUGGCGCCGACUGCGUGCCCGCGGCUCAGUGCGGCUGCCUGAGCGCCGGCCGCUACUUGGAACCCGGCGCGCCGCUGUCGUCCCCGCGGCCCGCGACCAGCCGCUGCUGCCGCUGCCGCCCUGGCGGCCGGGUGGUCUGCAGACCCUGCCGCGCAGCCCCCGGCGCCCCAGGCCUCUGCCUCGCCUCAGACGGACUCCGUUACCGCACCUUCGACGGCACCACCUUCCACCUCCCGGGCGCCUGCACCUCCUCGUUGGUGAGCACGGGCACGGGCCGCCUUCGGGGUGUGUGGCCCUUCGAGGUGGUGCUGGAGAAAAGCCCACGGACGCCCGAGCGCCGCCGCGCGCGGCUCUGCGUGCACGGCCACCGCUUCGGCCUGGACUGGGAGGACUGGGGAUACAUCACGAUGGACGGCGUGCGGCGCUGCCUGCCCUUCCAGCUGACCGAGGGCAGGGUGCGCGCCUUCGCGCGGGGCGCCUCGGUGGUGCUCGCGGUGCGUGGGGGCCCGCGCCUGCUUUUCGGGCCCGGUGGCCACCUGAGCGUGGAGCUGCCUGCGGCCUACCGCGGCCUCACGCGCGGCCUCUGCGGCAACUUCAACGGCAAGGCGUCGGAUGACCUGCAGCUGCCGAGGCCCGGGCCCUGCGCGGCGCCACGUCCCUGCCCGGGUUCCGGCUGUCCACCCGCCGCCGAGGCCGCGGGCGCAGACGCAGCGUGGCGUGGCUCUUGCGGCCUCCUGCGCGAGCCCGGCGGCCCGCUGGCACCCUGCCACGCACUUCUGCCGCCCGAGCCCUUCUUCCAGGCCUGCGUGGCCGACAUGGGCCGCGCCCGCGGGAACCGCCAAGUGCUCUGUGCCUUCCUGCAAGCCUACGUGGCUGCCUGCCAGACGGCUGCCAUGCGGUGCCUCCCCAACAGCCACUACAGUCUGUGUGUGAACCCCUGCCCUGCGGCCUGUCCCGGUGUUCAGGAAGUGGUGGGGCUCCCCACUCCCUGUGCUGAGGGCUGCGAGUGUGAAGAUGGAUUCUUCCCAGCCGGGCAUGACUGCGUCCCCGUGGACCACUGCCCUUGCUUCCACAAUGGCCAGUACUUCCCUCCUGGCCAGACAGUCCUCAUCCAGAAUUGCUCCUCCUCCUGUACCUGCCAACUAGGGGAGGGUGUGGCCUGUGUCCCCUUCAGCUGCCCUAUGGAGGAGGUCUGUGGCAUCACAGAUGGAGUCCUAGGCUGUCGAUUGCAAGAUCACUGUAGCCACCCGUGUGCUCCGACCUGCCAGUGCCUACCUGGCUACCUGCUGCUAGGGGGCCGAUGUGUGCCCCGUGACCACUGCUCCUGCUUCCUGCACCAAGGCCGGACUUUCUGGAGAGACAACUGUACGCAGCAAUGCCACUGCCCGACCCUUGGUGCCCUGGUGAGCAAGCUUCCCCAGUGUUGGCCUGACAAGUGCCAUGGCCACUGCAAGGCCUCCACAGGUGGCUGGUACCACUGCCUGUUAGCCCAGUCCCCACCCAGUCCCACUGUCCUGGAAAAGUCACCGGUCUGCAUGGCCACUGGAGACUUCCACUUCCACACAUUUGGAGGAACCCACUAUGAAUUCCCUGGCUCCUGUGUCUACCGCCUGGUGGGUCUCUGUGGCACAGCCCAUGCCAACCUUCAGCCCUUCAGCCUGGAUUUGACCCCACUGCUGCGGCCACGUGGCUGGACCAAGGCCCUGACCCUCUUAGCCUGUGGCCUGAGGCUGGACAUGAGUCCAAAAGAUCUCAACCGCAUCCGGGUGGAUGGAAUUCUGGAAUCGCUCCCUUUCUUUCACGGCCACUGCCUCCGUGCCUACUACCAAGGCCGCCAACUCUGCGUAGACACGGACUUCGGCCUCUCCCUGACCUACGAUUGGGACAGCCUGGCACGUGUAACGCUGCCGGGGCCCUAUGGACCCUACCUGUGCGGACUCUGUGGCCAGCACGGCCCGAGCAGCCCCACCGUGCAGGUGCCCGACACCUGGAAGGUGGCAGAAGUGCCGGGCUGUGGCCCAUUCUGCGGGUCCCUCUGUCCCAGCCCGUGCCCAGUGGCCAAGCGCACUCGAUUCGCUGGAGACGCGUACUGCGGGCUGCUGGCGGCGGCCGAGGGUCCCUUCGGGCCAUGCUACGCCGCGCUGGACCCGCUCCCGUUCAUGGACAACUGCCUGGACGACGUGUGUCGCCACUACGGCGCUCGUCACAUCGUCUGCCGAGCCCUGGCCGCCUUCACUGUCGCCUGUCAGGCUCUGGGCGUGCACCUGCGGCCCUGGAGGACGCCUGACUUCUGUCCCUUGCGGUGUCCGCCGCACUCGCACUACGAGCUGUGCGGCCCGUGCUGCCCAGUCACGUGCGCGGGCAGAGAGAGCUGCUCCGGCCGCGGCGCCAGCGGCAGCCGCUGCUGUGAAGGCUGCGUGUGCGACGCGGGCUUCGUGCUUAGCGGCGCCGCCUGCGUGCGGGAGGCCAAGUGCGGCUGCUUCCGCGCCGGCCGCUACCGAGCUCUGGAGGCAGUGUGGUACCCCGGGCCCCGCUGCGCGCGCCGCUGCCACUGCGGCCCCGGCGGCGCGGUGACGUGCGCGCCGCGGCCGUGCCGGCGCGGGCGAGUGUGCGGCCUGCGCGGAGGCGAGCGCCAGUGUCUGCCCGAAGGCCGAGGCAGCUGCGCCCUCGCCGGGCCCGCGCACGUGCUCGCCUUCGAUGGCCGCGUGCUCACGCUGCCCCUGCCGGCGCCCUCCCGUUCUGAGCGCUGCCUCCACGUGCUGGCCCGCACUGCAAGCCAGGGGCCCUGUCCCUUCAGCCUAGACGUGGCCCGCGAUGGGGCCGGGCUGCUCAGCCUGCACCUCAACCUCUCCGGGCACCACCUGCAGCUAGACCGCACCCUUAUCGGCGUCAUCACGGUGGAUGGUGAGCACUGCCAGCUGCCCUGGGUAUUGGCAGAGGGCAGGGCCUGGGCCACAUUGGAGGGCCGCCAUGUGGUGGUGUACACGGCCUGUGGGCUACAUCUCAUGUAUGACUGGGGCAGCCAGGUGCGCCUAACUGUGCCUUCCACCUUCCACGGCCAGCUGGUGGGGAUCUGUGGGGCCUUUGGUGGCAAAGUUGGCCCCCUUGACCUGCCUCUAGACAAAAGAUCCUGGCCCAAGGGCCUGGUCACUAACCCCUGCCCGCUGCCCCAGCCCAACCUUGACUUUAGCAUCAGCUGCCCCACGCAACUUGCCGAGAUCGUCAAUGCUUCCAAACUGUGUAGACUUCUACAGGCACCAGAUGGUCCCUUUGGCCGCUGCCUGGGCCAUAUCAGCCCCAGGCCUUUCCUCAGGAUAUGCCUGCAAGACAUAUGUCAUACCCAUGGCCAGCACCUUGGUCUCUGUGAUGCCCUCACUGCCUUUACUGCAGCCUGUCAGGAAGCUGGCAUCCCUGUGAAGCUCUGGAGGGGCCCCAAGCUUUGCCCCAUGGCUUGUCCACCCCGAAGCCACUACAGCAUCUGCGCACGGACCUGUGAUGGAGGCUGUGUCCAGCCUACCAGCCCUGCACACUGUUCUACCCAAUGCUAUGAGGGCUGCCAGUGUGACCCUGGACUCAUUUUUGAUGGCACACACUGUGUGUCUCAGGACCACUGCGGCUGCUUUCACAGUGGACGCUACAUCCCUGGCACAGGCUGCAUCCUGGAUGGGGGUGUGCGGUGCUGUGAGGCUGGGGAGGGUGCUACAUGCCGCCUAGAGCCAGAGGGCCUCUUCAUCACCUUUGAUGGCUUCAGUGGGCUCACACCCAUGCCUGUUACAUCCUGUGCCUAUGAGCUAGCCACAUUGGUGGGUUCCAAGCCUGAGGAUCCUGACUGGUUCCAUGUCAUUGCUGACUUCCUGCCCUGUCCUGGCUGCACUGCUCACAAACCACGAGUGAUCAUCGGCUUCAGGGAUGGCUGUGCAGCUGUGGGAACCAAUCAGGAAAUAUGGGUGAACGGACAACCCGCGCGGCUCCCAGCCCAAGUAUGCAGGGGCGUGGUCGCACGCUGGGCGGAGGGCUCCCGGGUUGUCAUCGAGCGGUCCCCCACGCUGCGGGUACUGGUGGGGCCCGAGGGGGCCGUGGCCCUGCGGGCCUCCCCCGCGCUCCGAGGACGCCUCCGAGCAGCCUGCGGAGACUACAAUGGAAUUGCAGCCGACGACCUGAUACUCCCAGGAGGACUCCGGGGUGCCAGCCUAACCGACGUGUUCCAGGCGUGCCGAGCUCGGGGCUUCAGCAACUGCACGGAGAAGCUUGUCAUGCCAGCCGUGACACAAAACUUCACCGCCUGACGCCGUCCCUCUGUGUGUCCCCAUGGCUGGGACCUCCCGACGCACACCUGCCUUGGGGAUGGGAACCCACGGACCUCCCCGAGAUUGUUUUAAUAAAUAACUUCUGACGAAACC